UAUAAACAAUUAUUUAGAAAAAGAAGUAAUUUAUUAUGUUUGGUAACGUGAAUAAUUAUCUCACAGGAAUAUUGCGAGCUGCCGAGGAUUACAAUGGUGACAACCUGGGAGUAUUUAUAUCGCUGCGCGACAUUCAUGUACAAAACCGCAACUUGUACAUAGCGCAGCCCGAAAAGUUAGUAGAACGUCAUUUGAAACCGCCAUUAGAUGAAGUUGUGUGUGCCCAUAUUAAGGUGCUGUAUUAUUUGGCUCAAGAGCCGCCCAAUUAUAUGGAGGCUUACACUCAGCAGUCGGUUAGCUGUUCGGCCGUGGUAAAGCUGCUUCAGCAAUUGAAGGACGAGAACUGGUGUUUGCCACUUAUGUAUCGUGUGUGCCUAGAUCUACGAUAUCUUGCUCAAGCAUGUGAAAAGCACUGUCGCGGCUUUACGCCUGGUAAUAUUCUGGAAAAAGCAGCAGACUGCAUAAUGGCAUGCUUUCGUGUAUGCGCUGCUGACGGACGAGCUUCUGAGGAGGAUACGAAACGACUAGGCAUGAUGAGUUUAGUGAAUCAACUUUUCAAGAUAUACUUUCGCAUAAACAAACUACAUCUCUGCAAGCCGCUCAUACGCGCAAUUGAAAAUUGUGCUUUCAAGGAGAGCUUCCCUCAGCCGGAGCAAAUCACCUACAAGUACUUUGUCGGCAGGCGUGCCAUGUUCGACUCAAACUAUCGUAUGGCCGUGGACGAUUUGUCAUAUGCGUUUACCCAUUGCCCCGAUCGCUUUGCUAGCAACAAACGCCUAAUACUGAUCUAUCUGGUGCCAAUAAAAAUGCUAUUGGGAUACCUACCGCGGAAAUCAUUAUUGGAGCGUUAUGAUCUACUUCUAUUCGAUGAUCUGGCGCUCGCUUUGAAAGCUGGCAAUGUAAACAAGUUCGAUGAGAUUGUUCGUGACCAGGAGCUUGUACUCAUACGGAGCGGCAUUUACCUGCUCGUAGAGAAACUCAAGUUCAUUGUAUAUCGUAAUCUAUUUAAGAAAGUCUUUGCUAUUCGGCAGACACAUCAGUUGGACAUGGCAGAUUUCUUGACCGCACUGCAGUUUGUGGGUGUAACAGAUGUUUCCAUUGACGAAACGCAUUGUAUUAUAGCUAACUUAAUUUACGAAGGUAAAAUCAAGGGUUACAUCUCCCACGCGCACAACAAGCUAGUGGUCUCCAAGCAGAAUCCUUUUCCGCCUUUAAUAUCUACGUAGUUAUAAUAACUUCUAAUGAAUA